AUGGAAGAGGAGUCGAUGUCCGGACACAGCUGUUCCGAAGACGAUAUCAGUGUAGGGCGACCCUCGCCGGCGCCUUCGAGGUCGCCAUCACCUCAAGAUUACUUCAGACCGUUGAAGCGCUUAAAAAUGGCCUCGGAGCCGGUGGAGGAGCGGCGUGGUGAAGGCGUGAAGAGUUUCUCUAUACUGGACAUUCUAUCGCACAGUCCACGCACUCCGCCGCGUAUAGUGCGACCGUGGGAUGCGUCGGGUUUUGAAAGACUACAGCGCUUGCAGCGCUUGGCUGGCGCUGCGCUGUUGGACGGUGAACGUUGGAGGUUAGCAGCUUUGGGGCUGCUCAGGCCGAGGGAGAUGGCCCCGGCGGAAUGUUGUGAUUCAGCUUCCGAGAGGUCGUCGUCAGCAUCAGAUUGCUGCUCGGAGCCGAGGCGAGUGCCGCAGAGUUCUAAUGCCCCCCACACGCCUCUUGACGCCCUUUUCCACAUGACAAGUAAAACCUUCGAGGCGAAUAAUACUGACAAUGGAGAUGGUCAGUCCAAUCACCUUAAUCUAUUCAACUCGAGGCCGCAACCAAAAAAGAAACGAAAAUCCAGGACUGCGUUCACAAACCACCAAAUCUUCGAACUAGAGAAACGUUUUCUCUAUCAAAAGUAUCUAUCGCCAGCAGAUAGGGACGAAAUUGCCAGUUCUCUUGGUCUCUCUAACGCACAGGUUAUUACAUGGUUCCAAAAUAGGCGAGCGAAGCUGAAGCGGGAUAUGGAAGAAUUAAAAAAAGAUGUCGAAAGCGCUAAAGUCCUUUCGGCACAUAAAACCUUCUUGGAGAACGUGACAGAUUUGGGGAUACUAAAGAAGAAGGCGAUGAGCAUAGGUGCGAGCGAAGAGGCCGCGACUAAUUUAGUCGUGAACGCGUCCAAAUGA